GGCUCUGUCCCGCCCAUCCCGGGCCCUGUCCCGCCCCGCCCGGGGCUCUGUCCCGCCCAUCCCGGGCCCUGUCCCGCCCGCCCCGGGCUCUGUCCCGCCCAUCCCGGGCCCUGUCCCGCCCGCCCCGGGCUCUGUCCCGCCGCUUCCGUCGCGUCACGUCCGCGGGAAGCGAAGCGCGGAGCCGGCGCGGCCAUGGCGCCCAAGGGGAAGGCGGGCACCAAGGGCAAGAAGCAGAUCUUCGAGGAGAACCGGGAGACGCUGCGCUUCUACCUCCGCAUCAUCCUGGGAGCCUCCGCCGUGUACGCCGUGGUGAACCUGGUCAUCUUCUACUCCGCCGCCUCCGCCUGGACGUGGGUCGCGUUCAUCUUCAGCUUGGUGGUGUAUGGCACCAGCUACCGGUCCAUGAACUCCAUGGCAAAGCCGUCUUUCACAGACGAUGGCAGCCUUGCCGACGGGGGAAUUGACCUGAAUAUGGAGCAGGGGAUGGCAGAGCACCUCAAGGAUGUGAUCCUGCUGACAGCUAUAGUCCAAGUGCUGAGCUGCUUCUCGCUCUACGUCUGGUACUUCUGGCUCUUGGCUCCGGGGCGCGCUCUCUACCUGCUGUGGGUGAACAUCCUGGGGCCCUGGUUUACAGCCGAGUCCUCGCCCGCUGCUCAGGAGCCGAACGAGAAGAAGCAGCGGCGGCAGGAACGCCGACAGAUGAAGCGCUUCUAGCCCUGGCUGGGGAUAGAUCAACGCCCUCUCCCAUCUCCAUGCUGUUAUUUCAUCAGGGAUGCGACCAAAACCAAUCCAAAACCACCGCAGUAGCUCUGUUGCCCUUUGUCACUGUUGCCAUUCUGACAGAAAGGCUGCAAGAGACUUCCCCUGGUUGGGUCUUAGCAUGGGCUGAGGCCUUCCUCCUUGGGCUGACAAGGGGGUGAUGCUGGGAUGUGUGUAAAUAUCUUUUUAAUGCAGCGCUGUAUCGCAUUCAGCGUUGGGGAGUGCAAUGUUGGAGGAAAUAGUACAUUAAAGAGCAGAGUCUUAAUUGA